CAUGGUGAGGCAUUGUAGUAUUUUUCACCAGCUUCAGAAGAACACAGCUAGCUUAACCAAAGAGUUACAAUAACGUAAGGAGGACACCAGUGAUAUGUAACAUGACAGCAAUGGUGAAAAAACUGAUUCCAGCCCGUCCUGUUGGGUUACUGUCUACCAACAUCCCAUUCCUGGACAACAACCAUCCUGAUGCAUAUUCAACCACUUUCCAGGAGGAUUUCAAGCCUUGUUCUUCCAAGAAAGCAGAACCAGUUCCUCAGCCCAUACCAGCCCAGGUGGACCACAAGGAUUUGAGGCAUGUCAAGGAGUACAAGACAGAGGCGAUGGUUUCCUACCACCCUCACUCAUUGCCACAGAUAACCCGCACACCACGAUGGACCAAGCUUUGCACUAACUUCAAGAUGCAAACAGAUCCUAAGGAGGUUACUUUCCUCACCACACACGCCGAGAAAUUACAGCCCCAGCCCUUCCAGGACCCUCCCACCCCCAUUCGACAAUCAGAGGGAAUCAAGAAGAUCCAGCAGGUGGAAAAGCUUCCAAAAAGCACCUACAAAGCCACCUUCAAUCCACACCGUGGUUCUCCUGUUGUCAAACCCACAGUUAAACAUCUAGAAGAGGGCUUUCCCACAAUAAAAGGGGAUGGACGCUAUCAAAGCUUUGUCUCCCAGUACAACACCACCUUCCAGGGAGCCAGGGGCAAAGCUGCUCAUCCUGUUUACAAGCACUCCUCAGUGGUAAUGGGUGAUCCGGUGAAGAUUGUAGAAAGACAGACAACACACACUGGGUCAUUCAGUUGGCCCACCACCUACAGUCCACCUGUGGUGAAAGAGCGAUUGAAGUUCAAGCUUGGUAAUUUUUCAAAAGACUCAUGGUCAUCCACAACCAAGCAAACCUUCUGUUAUCACAAGCUGGGCGAUCCGGUUGUUCUGACAAAGAGGAAUCGAAAUUCCAGUUCCUUACCCAAGGGGGACACUGAUGCGAGUCGCAACAAAGAGAGGAUGUCAGUCACCACCAACAGAGUCUCCUUCACUGAUCUUAACCUCACAGGACAUCCAGUGUCUGUGCCUGGGCCUGACCUGAUGACCAAAAGCCAUGUGUUCAGCCCACCCCAUCUGUCAGGCCUGUACUACACAACCAUGGCCAAAGAACACUAUAGCAAAAAGGAUGGAGAGCAGGCCAGACCAGUCAUCCAGCUGCCAAGCAACAUACUAAGUGGACAAGAACCUGGGGUGAGCCUCAGCACCACCAAAGCUGACUUCCUCCCUUUGAAGACCUGCAAACAGACACCUUGUCAGUCGCAACACACGAGCAACAUCAGGUUUCCACUGGCCAAACAGCACUUCAGCACCACCCACAAUGAAUUCUACACAGCCAAACCUUUGAUCCCACAGCGUCCAAGCUGCAGCCAUUACGUCACUCAUUUUGUCAUGAAGUGACUGAAUCAUAUCUUGGUCAUUGGCUCCUGUGUUCUUGCCCAGCUCAU